GAAGAAAGACUAAUUAAAAUAUGGUCGUGCUUUUUGUAAUUAGAAAACAACUGAAAACGAAAAAGAUUACACAAUACACCUUUUAAAAAAUGCAGUUUAAAUAGUGCGUAGUUUCGCUACUUUUCACACAUCUGACUUAGAAGUUUAGCAACAUGAAGCUAUUAUCUGCAGUCCUCCUCUUGCUAUUUGCUGCCGUAGGAUUCCCUUCUGGCGAAGCCAUCAUCGGUCCCCAUCGUUGCAUUGUAGUUAAAAACCACAAUUGCCCAAAUCAGAAUGUUAAAUUCUGGCUAUAUAGCAAAACCACUCGCGAUGCUCCCGUUAAGCUAGAUCCACUCAAACUUAAUCCCAAGGACUUUAAUCCGCCACGUCCACUCAAAAUACUGCUACAUGGCUUCACAGGAAAUAGCGACUCUGCGCCCAAUAAUUAUAUACGACCUGCGCUCCUGAACAACGAGGAUGUCUAUGUUAUCUCCGUUGAUUAUGCUCGUUUGGUGAAUGCUCCAUGCUAUAUAACUUCCAUAAGAAAUCUCCCAUUGGUCAGCAAAUGUCUCGCCCAGCUCAUAAAUAAUCUGGUGAAACAGCGCCUUGUGCAACACGAUCAGAUCCACAUCAUUGGCUUUAGCCUGGGUGCCCAUGUGGCUGGACAAACAGCCAACCAUGUGCAGCGCAAGUUGACACGCAUCACGGGCUUGGAUCCCGCCAAGCCUUUCAUCAAUGGCAAUAGUUAUAAACGUUUGGAUAUCAGCGAUGCAGACUUUGUGGAUGUUAUACACACGGAUAGAAUCUUAGGCUUGGGGGAGCCCGUGGGUCAUGUGGAUUUUUAUCCGAACUAUGGGUCACAUCAACCCGGCUGCAGGAAGGAGAACCCCUUAACUCCGCAAGUAUGCAAUCACGAUCGUGCUCCUCGCUACUAUGGAGAGUCCAUUAAUUCGACGCUGGGUUUUUGGGGUAGUAGAUGCACCAGGAAAGAAUAUGUUAAGCGUCGUUGCCCCAAAAAUAGCCCGCAAGUUCUGAUGGGUUACCAUGCCUCAAAGAAAUUGGAGGGCUCCUUCUUUCCCGUGACUGACAGCAAAGCGCCUUUUGCGCUGGGCAAGAAUAAGCAGGCGGAUAGCACCACAAACGAUGAGAACUUCGAUUCCGAAUUCGAUUUGGAAUCGAUGCCUACUGAAUUCAAAGAUGAUUAUGAAAUAUGUCCAGAACUGGACUCCAACGAGAUCAUAGAAGAGCAGAAUUGA